AUGAACUACGAUGCCAUCACUGCCCUUGCAGACAUCAUUGCGGCACAGCCCAAACUCCCUGAGCUCACAUCACAGACCAUGUAUUUGUCUGAAAACCAUACAGACAGCCAGGUGAUCUCAGCAAUAAACUCCUCAACCAUCCAGAAGUCACAUUUUUCCUCCCGUAGAAAUACUUCCUUCAUCAUUCAUGGAUUUGCCAGCACUGGAAAAACAGGCUGGGUGGUAGAAAUGUGCUUGCUGUUACUGGAGGUAGAAAACAUCAACUGCAUUGCUGUCGAUUGGAAAGACGGUGCAAAAGGCACCUACGUCAGUGCAGUGAACAACAUCCGUGUGCUUGGGGCUGAGAUUGCUUAUUUCCUAAAAAUCUUACAGAACAACUUCAGAUACCUCCUUGGCAAAAUUCAUUUAAUUGGCCACAGUCUGGGAGCACAUACUGCAGGAGAGGCGGGAAGAAGGAUGCAAGGCAUCGGGCGGAUAACAGGCUUAGACCCUGCUGGGCCCUAUUUUGAAGGGACUCCUCCGGAGGUGAGACUGGAUCCUUCAGAUGCAAACUUUGUUGAUGUUAUUCACAGCAAUGCCCCUCACUUUCCUGCUGUAGGGCUUGGAAUCCGUAACACCAGUGGUCACCUUGACUUUUACCCAAACGGAGGAACUGUGAUGCCUGGAUGCAGCGAUUUAACUAAAGAGAUGAAACAAAGUGAUUUUGAAGCUGUCAUUGCAGACACUACAGUCAUUGGGGGGUGCCAUCACUCACGCAGCCAUGAGUUUUAUUUUGAAAGUAUCCUCUAUCCCUCCGGAUACCUCGGAUAUCCCUGUGAAACGUACGAAGCCUUCAAGUUAGGACACUGUUUCCCAUGCCCCAAGGAGGGAUGCCCAAUGAUGGGACACUAUGCUGACAGAUUCCCAGCCAGACUGAAGAUGGUAAACCAAAAGUAUUUUUUAAAUACAGCAGCAGAUGUACCUUUUGCUAGUAAGUGGAGGAGGUUUGUAACAGUUGCUCAUGUUUGA